AUGGGUAAAUGGGAGAUUGAGAAAUUUCCCAGAAACAACGAUUUUAGGGUUAUGGAAAGUAAAUAUGCAAAUGACAUACUUUAUCGAAAGGAAGGUACUAUUACUUUGGAUGAAGUCCACAUGAUGGUGAAAUCCAAAGAACGUUCAAAGGAGAAAGAUUUGAAUAUUGAUGAUAAUGGUGAAGGCUUGAUUGUCUUAAGAUCACUUCAAGAGGGAUUGUCCUUAGAAAAGGACAAUUAUGAUUUUGUUCAAGUUACGGUUGCCUUAGAUGAGGAUGGUUAUGAGAGUGUUGGUGCACUAGUAGUGUCGAGUUUGGAGACUCAAGAUAGUUGGAUCUUAAACUCAGGUUACUCUUAUCACAUGUGUCCAAGAAAAGAAUACUUUGAGACUUUGAAGUUAGAGCAAUGUGGAGUAGAUCUUCUUGGUGACAAUAAGGCUUGCAAAAUUCAUGGUAUUGGUACAAUCAGACUUGAAAUAUUCAAUGAUCGUGAGUUUCUUCUUCAUAAUAUGAGGUCAAUGUAUGAUGAUUACUUGGAAGUUGUUUCGGAACACUUUAAUGAAUUUCACAAAAGACCAGAGAAAAAGGCAUUAAACCACUUAUUUGUCAUUGAGUUUCUAGGGAAAACUUGUUUGGAGCUUAGUGGAAUAAAACAAGAAACUUUGAGUCUCACUAUUAAAGAUAACUAUCUCUUUAAAGGUUUAAGAAUAGAGAAACCCACCAUGGUAGAACCAAGAACACAAACUAUGGAGGGCUACUGCAAGCCUACUGAUGCAACACAAGUUUCUCUGGGUUAUGUCCCAGCCACCCCAGUAAAUUUCAACAUCAAAUACUAUGUCCUUUCAGAUCUUAGAGAUAAGCAAUUUAAUAAGAACACAACAAACGACCCAUGGGAACAUCUAGUGUGGUUCUACGAUACAGCAUCAAUGUGUCAACAAGAAGGUAUUAUCGAGGAUCGGGUUAAACUUAAAUUAUUUAGCUUCUCCUUGGUGGGGGAGAGCAAAGGGUUGGUUUUUGUGCCUUCCAAACGGAGUAAUCAGAACUUGGAGAGAAUUGGAAGAAAAGUUUUUGGAAAGAUUCUUCACUAUAACACAAGGAAGGCUGGAAUUACACACUUCGAGCAGCAAGAAACCAAAUCUCUCUAUGAUUCUUGGGAGAGUAGUCAAUUUGAAAAACAUGUUCUUUUAAUAGAUAGAUUCAUUCAUUCCAAUGGACAUUUUGCAAUUUUUUUGAAGCACCAAAUCUUCAUGGAUAAUCUAUCUACUUUUCACCAUCUUAAUCCUUAUUCUCAUCAAAACCCUAAAAAAAAUCACAUGCUACCUAAAAGCCGUUCACCCCCUUCAAUCUCUCUUCCAAUUCCAGAUACCCAUUUCCCCCCUUCUUCUCCUAUUCAAUUUUCACCACAAAAAAAUUCUCCUUUUUUUCACCCUUUUGAUGAAUUCAAUGAGUUAAGAACUUUGAAUUCUGUCAAAGAAAUGCAUGCCCAGAUGGUUAAAAACCCUAAAAAUGUUAACUUUACUACAAUGGAUGGAACUAUCAUGAGAUACUAUUUGGAGUUUGGUGAUUUUGUAUCAGCAAUUAAAGUGUUCUUUGCGGGUUUUGCAAGGAAUUAUCUUCUCUGGAAUUCUUUUAUGAAAGAAUUUGAAAGUUUUGGAGGUGACCCAUUUGAGAUUCUGGUGGUUUUCAAUGAAUUGCAUAGUAAAGGUGUGGAAUUCGAUAGUAAAGCUUUCAACUUUGUUCUGAAAAUUUGUUUGGCUUUAAGGGAAUUAUGUGUUGGUUUGGAAAUUCAUGCUUGUUUGAUCAAGAAAGGGUUUCAUGAUGAUAUACACUUGAAUUGUGCAUUGAUCAAUUUCUAUGAGAAAUGUUGGAGUAUAGAUAAGGCAAAUCAAGUAUUUCACGAGACUCCAUAUCAAGAAGAUUUUUUGUGGAAUACAAUAGUUAUGGCGAAUUUGAGGAGUGAAAAAUGGAAGAAUGCCUUAGAAUUGUUUGGUAACAUGCAGAGAGUUUCUGCAAAAGCGACUCCUGGCAUCAUUGCCAAGAUGUUGCAAGCAUGUGGAAAAUUAAGAGCUCUCAAUGAAGGAAAACAGCUUCAUGGGUAUGCUUUACGAUUUGGACUAGUUUCGAAUACUGUAGUUUGCAAUUCCAUUAUUAGUAUGUACUCUAAAAACAAAAGAUUCAAACUAGCUAGGGCAGUUUUUGAUUCGAUGGAGGUUCGUAAUCGUGACUUAUGGUCUUGGAACUCAAUAAUUUCGAGUUAUAUGGACGAUGGCUGUUUGAGUGAUGCAUUCGAUAUUAUCGUCGAAGAAAUGAAGUCUUCCGGUAUUAAACUUGACACUAUAACUUGGAAUUCGGUUUUGUCGGGCUAUGUUCUCCAGGGGUCAUUUGAAAUGGUUCUCACUAGUUUUCGGAGCUUGUGUAAUGCAGGCUUCGAGCCAGAUUCAUGCUCGGUAACUAGUGCUCUAAAAGCAAUUAUUGAAUUAGGUUUCUUUAAAUUAGGGAAAGAAAUCCAUGGUUACAUAAUGAGAAGUAAUCUUAACUGUGAUGUCUAUGUUAGUACUGCAUUGGUGGAUAUGUAUGUUAAGAAUGAUUGCUUAGAAAAGGCUCAUGCAGUGUUCCGGCACGCAAAGAACAAAAAUGUCUGCACCUGGAAUUCUCUGAUAUCAGGUUACUCCUUCAAAGGACUGUUUGAUGACACCGAAAAACUAUUGAAUCAGAUGGAGGAGGAAGGGGUAAAACCUGAUUUGGUGACAUGGAAUUGUUUGGUGUCAGGUUAUUCAAUGCGAGGCCGGAUCAAGGAAGCUUUGGCAGUGAUGAAUCAGAUAAAAAGUUCCGGAAUUACUCCUAAUGUGGUGUCUUGGACUGCUUUGAUAUCAGGAUGUUCUCAAAACGGGAAAUACACCGAUGCCCUACAGGUUUUCAGCCAAAUGCAAGCUGAAAAUGUAAAACCCAACUCGACAACGAUUUGCAGCUUACUUCUUGCAUGUACAGACCCGUCUCUGUUGAAUAAAGGCGAAGAGAUUCACUGCUUUAGUAUGAAACUUGGGAUCGUAGACGAUAUAUACAUUUCAACAGCACUCAUUGAUAUGUAUAGUAAAGCAGGAAAGUUAGAAGUAGCACAUAAUAUUUUCAGCAAAAUUCAGGAGAAAACGCUUCCAUGUUGGAAUUGCAUGAUGAUGGGAUAUGCUAUACAUGGCCAUGGUGAAGAAGUAAUGAUUCUCUAUGAUGAGAUGCGCGAAAAAUGCAUUAGACCUGAUGCGAUAACGUUAACAGCUCUUCUAUCUGGCUGCAAGAAUUCAGGUUUAGUCGAUGAAGGAUGGAGAUACUUUGACAGUAUGCAAGAAGAUUAUAAUAUUAUUCCAACGAUUGAGCACUACUGUUGCAUGGUAGACCUACUUGGAAAAGCUGGGUUUCUCGAUGAAGCUUUGGAUUUCAUCAAAACUAUGCCGAUAAAGCCGGAUGCGAGUAUUUGGGGUGCUCUUCUUGCAUCGUGCAGAAUUCACAAAAACAUUAAGUUAGCAGAGAUUGCAGCAAAAAAGCUUUUCAAGAUGGAACCGAAUAAUUCUGCUAACUAUGUGUUGAUGAUGAAUUUAUAUUCGAGUUUAAACCAAUGGGAUGGCGUGGAGCGUCUUAAGCACUCGAUGAUUACUUUGGGAAUAAAAAGUCCACCUGUUUGGAGCUGGACACAAGUUAAUCAGAGUAUUCAUGUGUUUUUGACAGAUGGAAGACCACAUCCAGAAGAAGGGGAAAUAUAUUUCGAGCUAUAUCGAUUAAUUUCCGAGAUACAAAAUCUUGGUUAUGUGGCUGAUCUCAAUUGUGUAUGUCAGAACAUUGAUGACAAUGAGAAAGAGAAGAUUCUUCUGAGUCACACUGAGAAGUUGGCAAUGGUAUAUGGAGUGAUGAAAAUGAAAGGUGGAUCACCAAUUAGGGUUGUUAAGAACACAAGAAUCUGUUGCGACUGUCAUACAGUUGCAAAGUACAUUUCUUUGGCUCGAAAUUGCGAGAUUUUACUUAGAGAUGCUGGCCGUUUUCACCAUUUUAAAGAUGGAAAAUGUGCUUGUAAUGAUUGUUGGUAAAGAGAGACCAAAGGAAAUUAUGGAAAGUGUGCUUGUAAUGAUUGUUAGUAAAGAGCGACCAAAGAAAAAUACUUUUAAGCAUUUCUUGCUCUUGUGGAGGUCUAGUCAUGUCGCAACGGUAAGGUUGAUGCCUUGUGACAGAAGGUUCUUGAUCCGUUUCUUGUUCUUGUUGAGGGCAAGUCUUGGCACAACGGUAAGGUUGGUGCCUUGUGACAGAAGGUUCUUGAUCCGUUUCUUGUUCUUGUUGAGGGCAAGUCUUGGCGCAACGGUAAGGUUGAUGCCUUGUGAAAGAAGGUUUAUGAGUUCCAAAUCUGAAAGCAACCUCUUCGCAUGUGGAAUGUAAUGUUUGCGCAGCCUCGCGUGCUGGGUCACCCAUGUUAUUUUCUCAUCUUAUAUCAAUGGAGAACAAAAUACUUAAUCAA